AGAAAUAUAAAAGCCUGACAUUUGUCCCUAACUACCAUUCACUCACUGAACCGCUGUGGUAUAAUGUUUUAUAUUUGAUACAAUUAGAAAAACAAGGAUUUGACUUAAGUAGCAGGCUUAAUUCAUAUACUUUAGAAAAUAUAUUAUUUCUAUACUAAAAUACCAGCUUUGGACUACAGGUGUUUUGUAGGUCACUCAUUUGAAAUGAAGUGGAUAUUAAUCCUCCUCCUUGGUUGCUUCUUGGCCGAGACUACCUUGGGCUGGACAUAUCAUCGCUCAGAGAGGACAAUGAACUGGACCCAGGCCCGACAGUGGUGCCAGACCAAGUACACAGACAUGGUGGUCAUCCAAAGCCAGAAAGAGAACGACUAUCUGGUCUCCUGGCUGCCAGAGAAAAAAAACGGUCAAUAUUAUUGGAUUGGAAUCACUAAAAACCACAUCAAUGAAACUUGGACCUGGAUCGGGAAUAACAGCACGUGGGUCGGUGAGCAGUCGUGGGCAGAAAACGAGCCCAACAACGACGACAUCACAGAGUUUUGCGUGGAGAUCUACGUGAACAAGGGACAUAACCGAGGGAAGUGGAAUGAUGAGAAAUGUGCCAAGAAAAAAUACGUUGUUUGUUAUGAAGCCCAGUGUAAAGCAACAUCAUGUGACAGAGGGAGAUGCCAGGAGACCAUAAAUAACAUAACCUGCCUCUAUGAACCUGGCUUUGAGGGAGACCAGUGCCAAAAAGCUGUGGAAUGCCCCCCUCUGUCUCCCCCUGAUAACGGAUACCAUAGCUGCCCGGGAGGAAACCUGACAUCUAACACAACCUGUCGAUUCAAAUGCAACCUUGGCUUCCUGAUAACAGGCUCGCUGGAUGUUACCUGUGGGGUCACCGGGGUCUGGAGCGGCCCCAGACCUUAUUGUGCAAGCUAUAAAGAGGCUCUGUUGGCUGUAGCUGGGUGUGGCGCCGCCUCGGCCCUCGGCUGCAUCUGUCUUUGCUGGAUGAAGCGCAGAAAAAGAAAGAAACUUGCCCAAGGAAGGCAUCUUGAAGAAUCGACAAGUCCAUCCACUGAGGAACAGGGAUGAAGGACAACUGGGACCUCAUUUAUGUCUUAUUAAAAUAUAUAUAUAUAAUGACCCAAAUGCAGUUACUCAUAUUCAUUUUAGUACACUGUUACUGCAUAAACCUAAACAGUCACUGGCUGCAUAGGCUGUACUGUAUGCUAGGAUAAUCAGUUAGCUAAGCGUUUUGUCUUAUAUGGUGUAUGUUAAAGGGGACAUAUCAUGCUCAUUUCUAGGUUCAUGUUUGUAUUUUGGGUUUCUACUAGAACAUGUUUACAUGCUUUAAUGUUCAAAAAACACUUUAUUUUCCUCACACCGUUUGUCUG